AAAGCAAAGAAAUAUAUGAGCAAAUUAAUGCAAAACCUUCCGAAGAGUAAAAGCAAAACCCUUCUUCUUCUUUUUUUCUUUUUUUUUUUUGUUGCAAAACCAUUUAUUUUACGUAGAAGCAAAACCUUAUCCUCCGCUCUAUAAACUCUUCAAAAAUUCAUUCCAAAAUCCAAACCUUGAAACACUUCUUCUUCUUCCUGCUCAAAAAUGGAAAGUAAAUAUCCUUCUUCAUCCUCUGACUCCAUCCCCGGUAAGGCAUUCACCGGUGUCGGAAAUAUCAUCAAACUCCUUCCGACCGGCACUGUUUUCCUCUUCCAGUUCCUCAGCCCUCUAGUAACCAACAACGGCCACUGCCACUACAUCAACAAGGUCUUAACCUCCAUCCUCCUUGCUGUAUGCGGCUUCUCUUGCGCCUUCUCAUCCUUCACCGAUAGUUACAAAGGCAGUGACGGGAUGACGCACUACGGCGUCGUCACCAAGAAGGGUCUCUGGCCCGCGCCAAGCUCGGAGUCCGUCGACCUGUGCAGUUAUAGACUGAGGGUUGGGGACUUUGUGCAUGCAUUCUUGUCCGUGGCGGUGUUUGCUGUGCUGGCGCUGCUGGAUGCUAACACCGUGGAUUGCUUUUAUCCGGAGUUUGAGUCCAAGGAGAAGAUUCUGCUCAUGGCGUUGCCUCCGGCCGUCGGAGCGGUCUCCGGUACGGUGUUCAUGCUGUUCCCGAACAAGCGGCAUGGGAUUGGGUACCCUUAUUCGAGUGAUGACAAUGACAACUCUACAACUACAAGGUCCUAGUUUGGUUGGAAAAUAUAAGUGAAGGGCAUUACUAAUAAAUAAGAAAUAAGUUUGGCCUCCUUUUUUUUUUUUUAUUUGUUGUUGUCAAAUGUUUGAGUGAUUACUGAUUAAGCAUUUGUGCUUAAUUAAGCAUCCGAUUGAUCUUGUGAAUCUAUUAAUUGUGACA